CGCUGCUCGCAGGCCUGCGCUGCCGCCGCAGCCGCCGCCAUGGCGGAAGUCCACAGACGUCAGCAUGCUCCGGUUAAAGGAGAAGCCCCCGCGAAAUCCUCCACACACAGAGAUGAGGAGGAGCUGGGGAUGGCGCCGGCCGAAACGCUAACGGUGUUCCUGAAGCUGCUGGCCGCCGGUUUCUACGGCGUGAGCUCCUUCCUCAUCGUGGUGGUCAACAAGAGCGUGCUCACCAACUACAGAUUUCCAUCCUCGCUAUGUGUUGGACUUGGCCAGAUGGUGGCCACGGUAGCAGUUCUCUGGGUGGGAAAGGCGUUCAGAGUAGUCAAGUUUCCUGACUUUGACAGAAAUGUACCUCGAAAGACAUUUCCACUACCUCUGCUAUAUUUUGGGAACCAAAUCACGGGACUGUUCAGCACUAAGAAACUGAACCUGCCCAUGUUUACAGUUCUGAGAAGGUUCUCCAUUCUGUUUACAAUGUUUGCUGAAGGCGCUCUACUCAAGAAGACUUUCUCUUGGGGUAUUAAGAUGACUGUAUUUGCAAUGAUCAUUGGAGCCUUCGUAGCUGCCAGCUCUGACUUGGCCUUUGAUCUGGAAGGAUAUGUUUUUAUUUUGAUCAAUGAUGUCCUGACAGCAGCAAAUGGUGCAUACGUGAAACAGAAGUUAGAUUCAAAAGAGCUGGGAAAAUAUGGUCUGCUCUAUUACAAUGCACUGUUCAUGAUUCUGCCCACCCUGGCCAUUGCGUAUUUCACAGGAGAUGCACAAAAGGCAAUGGAGUUUGAGGGCUGGGCCGACACCUUGUUCCUGCUGCAGUUCACCCUCUCCUGUGUGAUGGGGUUCAUCUUGAUGUAUGCCACAGUGCUCUGUACUCAGUAUAACUCUGCUCUUACCACAACAAUAGUUGGCUGCAUUAAGAAUAUAUUAAUAACUUAUAUUGGAAUGGUCUUUGGUGGAGAUUAUAUUUUCACAUGGACAAAUUUUAUUGGCUUAAAUAUCAGUAUUGCUGGAAGCCUGGUGUACUCUUAUAUCACUUUCACAGAAGAGCAGCUGAGCAAACAGUCAGAGGCCAGUAACAAGCUGGACACUAAGGGGAAAGGAGCAGUAUGACCUCCACAGACUCUGAAGACACUGAAACAUACUAAUUGCGGGGAGUUAAUACUCCUUUGCAAUUGUACAACCCUAGGAUUGAUUGCUGCCUUUGAAAAUUUAUUGACUGUAUGUUAACUAUGUUUGAAUUAAUUUAUAUCAGACUGGAAAAUGUACUGGGUGGGUUUUAAUUUAUUUUUCUUUUCUGACAGUGAAGCAUCAGUGUUUUGAAAUCUUUUUACUCUGUAGCUUGCAUCCGGGUGGCCCUGCCAAUAUAUACAAUGUCUUCCAGCUAGAGCUGCCUUCUAGUGGGCUGUGUCUGGAGACCAUUUAGCUGGAAAUGCAACUGAGGAUCUGAAAUUUCUUCUCCUUUUCCUCCUCCUCCUCCUCUUCUUCCUUUCUUCUUUUUCUUCUUCCUCUUCUCCUCCUUUCUCCUUCUCCUCUUCUAUUUUUUCUUCCUUCCUCCUUCCUCCACCUUUUUUAUUGCACUAUCUUCAUAGAAUCAUCACAUUUGCCAAAGGUGACAGCUUUGGCACUAAAAGCCCUGAGAUGCUCUGACUUUGCUUUCCUAGACUGUGGGGGGAGCAGAGCAUGCCUUGGAAUGUCUGAUUCCUCUUUGUUCAGUUGGAGACAAGCAAGGGUUAGAGGAAGCCAGCCACUUACUCACUCAUUCAACUAUAGUGCAUUGAGAGUCCCUCUCAGGCUUUGUGCUGAGUGCUGGGAUGCAGAGAUACAUUGGUAAUGGUCCUGCCCUAGACUGAAUGUAAGAUGGAGAACUUGGUUCUCUGUCCAACUGGACAACUCUGGGACGGUGCACUGGUUACUUCAGGUCUCUGGAACUGCAGGUCUACGAGAUUAGAAUCACCUGCCCUGCCUACUCCACAGCCAUGAGUCCAGAGCACACAAGAAAUUGAAGAGCUAUCUAUGUUCUGUACAUCACACAGUAGUGGCUCCGCCUGACCCUUCUCUUAAAGGCACAGUCAAGGCGACUACCAUCCCCCUCCCCAUGCCUUCAUCAAGUAGUUGUAGUUGCUACUCUUUGCAUUCCUGUUUGCAGGUCCUCAUAUCCAGUCAAGGACCUACAUUUCUGAACUGAUUGGUGUGAGGGGUGAGCUAGAUGGGUGUCUUUGCAUUGUUGGGACUUGAUUUUUGUCUUGACAUGAUCUAAGUCGCUCUCCCUGAAUUGACAGGAGGUCCGCUCUCACUGCACAUACAUCUACCUGAUGAGCAUCUCAGAAUGGAUGGACCUUCUCUUCUUCCCUCACUCUGAGAGAGCUUAUGUGAGUGGACAUUGUCUGAACUGCUUCAGGGAGGAGUGUUUGCCAGAGCUGGGUGACAUGGCUAUGAGGCAUCACUGGCUUUGGAGGGGCUUCCUUGGGCCAACAUGACUGCUAGGGAAGGGGCUUGCUUCUGCUUCCAUGGUAGGCAGCUGACUGCAGGCCUUUAGUUCAGAUUUUUGUGUCUCAGUGGGGAAUAGGAAAGUUUUGAUUUUUUUCCCCCCCUCUACUUGAAAUUUUUCAUCUGUAGGCUCCAUCUUGCAUAUAAACUUUGUAAGAAAGACAUUUGCAGGUUUUCUGUAAUCUUGUGUCAGAAAUACAUACUGGAGGUUCUGGUCAGUAGUGCAGAGGCAGGGUCUCCAUGGUCACGGGGCCAAUGAGGGCUUUAGGUCUGGCCUUUGCUUUCCUUACUGGGGCUCAUAGUGAGUGAAGAUGUAAUGACCAGCACAUUUCAUUGUUAAUCACAUGAACAAAUACUGGGCCUGGAACUCCCAAGUAUAUUAUUCAGCUAGAGUCUGGCCUUAGUUGAAAGGAAACAAAUGAAAGAAGUCAUCGAUUUGUAAGUAAUACAUGCCUGCACUGAUUUUAGGCCCACCCCCAGAGAACAGGGUUUCCAUUCAGAGGUCAUGGUCCUCCUAUUUCCUUCUAGCUCAGAUGAGCUGCACAGCUCUUAGAACUGCCUCCCGAGUCCUUCUCUGACAUUGAUGCUCUUUCUUCCCAAGUCUGUACAAUGCUGGUUUCUCCCACAAACAGGCUAUAGUGGAAUUUUCCUUCCCUGGGGAAAAAUACUGAGAAUGAGCACAGUGCCCAGUGCAUAUGGCGCCCAGUGCAUAUGGCACACAGCAGACACAGGUCUGCCAUCCUUCCUUCAGUGCCAGCAGCAUACGGCAACAUGUUUUCCAAGACACAUGAACCUGUGCUCCUUGCCUCCAGAUGCUUAGGCAAGAGUCUCUGUCCCCUAUUUGUUUUGAAAAUACAAAACAAAAAUACUCUCUGUAUAACUAUAGCCACUGUGAUUCUGCUUUUUAAAAAGAGAAUUAUUUUCAUAUUAUGAUGGCAAAUAUGAAAAAGGGACAUCUGUUUUCUGUCUCAGUUGGGAGUCAGUUGCAUUUCAGCAUGGUAGUUCUGUGACGACUCAACUGUCACCCUGAGGUAGCUCCCAGGCCUUCCUCCCUCACCUCAGAGCAAAACACACUGGACUCAGCCUCUCGGUAGACUUUGACAUCAUCAAUUUUCUAGGCCUGCCUUCUGCUCCCACUGUUCACAGUUCACCUUGUGGGAUGAGGAGAAUCUAUCUCUAGGGUUUUGUUUUUUAACCUUUAUUUUGAAAAUAUUUUUUAAAAAGAAAUCUACUGGUUAGAUUUUAUCGUCUCACAGAAAUGUUUUUAGAGAUUAUUUUGUUCACAGAUGUUUCCUUUGUCAUUGCCUACAGGUGUUCACCUCUCACAGUGUCUUUUCAAUAUAGAUUCUAUUUACCAAUUUACUUAGUGUUUUUAAGAGGUACUGAGCAUUGAGAUAUGUAAAUCAGGUGACAUAACAUGGAAAAUCAUGUGCCUAACUAUUUUUUUAAUGAUGUCAAAUAAAUACUUUUUCU